AUGGCUGGAGAUUCAGUGAUCCUGAACUGCAGCAGUGACUCAAACCCUCCUGCAGAAUUCAACUGGUUUAAAGGAAAUAAAUCUCUGAAUUCUGGAAGAAUCUUCAGCAUCUCCAAGAUCAGCUCUGAUGACAGUGGAGAAUACAAGUGUAAAGCCAGAAAUGAUCAUGGAGUGAAAUACUCUGAUCCUGUAACUCUAGAUGUCCAGCAACGUCAGGAUUAUUUCCUGUAUGCAGUUUUAGCGAUCGCAGUCGCAUGUGUAGUUUUACUUUUCAUCUGCAUCGUCCUGUUCAUAAGCCAGAGAAAAAAGGCUGGAGUGUCAAACAACAGACAGAAUCAGAUUCAAGAUCCUAGCAAACACAUCUAUGAAAAUGAUUCACUUGUGAACGUUUUACCCAAGAAAACAAAUGGCGGACAAACUCCUCAACCCACAGCUCCUGAGACGAUCGAAUACGCAACCAUACAUGAAAACCAGCAACUCCAGCCUGAUUCUGCUCUCAGAUCUGGUGCUGUGGUGAAUAAUGCAGUGCUUUACAGCAUGAUCAAAGCUCCAGGAUCAUAAAGUGGAUUGAAAAUGAAGCUUGAUUACAUUUACAGCAGCUUUGAUUUAGAGGAUUAUAAUGAAUUAACCAUGUCAAGUCACAUCAGGAACUUUACACUCAACAUUAUUAACUUCUCCUGACUGUUGACUGAGUUUAGGAAGUCAUGGUCAGAUUUAGCAAUACUGCAGUCUAGAAGCAUUUCGUUGUGGUUAUUUACUUGAGCGUGUCUUCGUAGACUGUGGUUCAGUCUGUCACAGCAGGAAAUUACCACAUCUACUUUUUUACUUGCUCUGCUGAUUUCUGUUAAUAGCUUGCUUUUGUAAUGUUUUCCAAGAUGUGGGAAAUUUUCAUGAAUUUCUGCAUUAAUAGUGUUAUUUUGCAAUCAUGCAUUUCUCUCUCUCUCUCUCUCUCUCUCUCUCUCUCUCUCUAUCAAAAUAUGGACAAAACCUGCUGCAACAUUUACAGAGUAAAGGCUGAUGCUAGAAGAGAUACAGCUGCAGCCAGAAGUUAAGGAGAAUUAUUUAUAUUUUUAUUAAAUUACCCAUUUAUUAUAUUUUAUUAU